GCGAAAGUCAGUCUUCGUUCUGUCUUGCAAAGUUAUUCAACAACAAGCACAAAACGAAAUGUCGUCUGCUGCUACUGCUUCAAAGGACGCCAAACAGGAGCCCGCGACCGCGAACGUCGACUUGCUCGAAGAGGACGACGAGUUUGAAGAGUUCCCUCAAGAAGAGUGGAACGGCUCGGCAGAGGACAAGACCGACCAACAACUUUGGGAGGACAACUGGGACGAUGAUGCAGCAGAGGACGAUUUUGCAAAGCAACUCCGAGCUGAGCUUUCACAAUCAACGGCCAUGGCGCAAUAACUGAAGCGCGAAGCUGUUUCUUGUUCGACUUGUUGUUUUGUUUGAUUUGCGCGGUGUUUGUGUUUGCCAACCAUUCCUGUUUUACUGCACAUGUGAAUGAUAUUGCCUUCCUCUUGCUAUCUUGCUGGCCCAACGUAUCACUAGAAACCAGAGUUCUCGUUCAAAAUGCUCAAACCCCU